CGACUUGAGUGUUACCGUAUUCGUGACGAAUCCGUUAAUUUUGGUUCCAGAACUUUUUACAUGUAUGCUUGACUCUAGCAGUGAUACCUUUGUAUCAACUGCACUCCGAAUCGUGCCACGAAUAUGGACGCCUUGAGAAAAAUACUAUGUAUCGGAACUUUUCGUUACGUAAACAUCGAAUUUUAUUAAGAUGAAAGAAUCGCUAGUAACUGGCUUUUAAAAAGACUUUUCACGGACUUGGGCUUGUUUGUGCGUGGCUCUGCACGUCGAGUUUUCCAGAAAAUGAACAGUUUUUAAAAGGUAUUGCAAAUGUGGGUGAAUUCUCCAAUUUUGGGAAUAGAUUUGUGUGACGUAACAUCAUGCAAACCACGUAUGUAGGAUAAGCGAUGGAUAUCCAUUGCUUAUCGUGCAUUCGUGGUUUGCAUGAUGUUACGUCAUGGCCGCUAUGCCGUACCAUGCGAGCCCACCGAGGUUAUUUUUCGCUCUUAUUUACAUGUACCGGUGAUGGAAAGUUCCUGCCAUUUUCAUCUCUUGCAACUGGCUGCAAAUAGUCAAUUUGAAGCCCUGAAAAGGGCAGAGAUAUCAGUAAAGGCACCAAUUCCUCCACCAUGCUGGUGUUCUCAGAAGACACAAAUAAUCUCGCCAUUUGUGCCAUAGUGACAGUGGCCAUGCAGUUCUCAUUCUUUCUCGUGGCUUGCUCCUGCAAGUUUGACAAAGUCACAGAUUUUGCUGGUGGUACCAACUUUGUUGUUCUGGCCAUUCUUACCUUCUUCUUGGCAGAGACAUACAACUGGCGUCAGAUCUUGGUAACUGUGUUUGUGGUUGUUUGGGGCUUGAGAUUGUCUGGCUAUCUACUUUACCGUAUCAUCAAGAUAGGAGAAGACAAGAGAUUUGAUGACAAGAGAGAAAAUUGUGCAAAAUUUGCUGGAUUUUGGACUUUCCAGGCAUUCUGGGUAUUCACAGUCAGUCUACCUGUUAUUUUCAUCAAUGCCCCGAGCAGUGCCACUAAGCUGGACCCAGAUAAUAAAUGGACACCGCAGGACAUCAUAGGAGUUAUAAUGUUUGCCACUGGGCUGCUCUCGGAGACUUUUGCUGACUUCCAGAAGUUCAAUUUUAGAAAUAACCCUGCGAAUAAAGGAAAAUUCUGUGAUGCAGGUUUAUGGAAAGUAAGCAGACAUCCAAACUACUUUGGAGAAAUAACAUUGUGGAUAGGUAUCUUUAUCAUAAGCUCAAGUGUACUAACUGGUGGCCAGUGGACAGCAGUGUUGAGCCCGAUCUUCACCAUCAGUAUCUUGCUCUUCUUGAGUGGCAUUCCUCUGCUGGAGAAGAGUUCAGAUAAGAAGCACAAGAAGAAUGAAAACUACCUCACCUACAAAGCUACGACAAGCCCCCUCAUACCACUCCCCCCUGCCUGCUUCGGUGCCAUCCCAGCACCACUCAAGUGCCUGUUCUGCUGUGAAUGCCCAUUUUAUAACUAUCUCGAUGAUGAUGAGUCUGAGAGAAUCGUUAUCAAAACAGAAGGAUCACCUCCAGUGGAGCGGAACCCUCAGGAAAACGUCUGAACUGCGCGAAAGUUUGGACUGCAGCGAAUUUAUGGGAUGUUCCAGUCGUUCCUAGCUCGAAUAUGGCAAAGAUGACUGAACAUUAUAGGAAUGUGGAUAUACAGUAUGAUAGAUUAUUUAGGCAUGUGCUUAGAAACUAGAUUUGCUGAAAGUAGGUAGUAUUCAACAAUGUAUGUAAAACAUGAAAUCAGUGGACAGUCAACGUGAAGGCUGUAACGUAGUUUUCAGGUAUCAGUCUGCGUUGGAAACAAUGCUUUGACGUCAAGGCAUUCAUGUUGGUGGGUAAAAGCAAAACUGUUCCAUUUCUUUAGGAAUCAAACUAUUUUUAUGCGAAAACUUUGCAAAAAUUUCAGUUGUUUAGUCCACCGACAUCGCUACCAAACGAUCCACACGCCAAACAAUUUUCCCAACCUGAUGGUAUCUUGCACCGCAGUAUUUUAUUUUAUAAUUUCGCGAACGAAGUUAUUUUGAACGCACCACUGAAUCGUCACGGUUGGAACAUAUUUUGUGAUCCUUUUAUUCAAGUAUUUAUUAAUACGUACUCGUGCUUUGGGGACUCAAAUUUUUCCACACGUAGAUGGUUUUUCUUCAAACUCUAAAAAGUUGGUGGUGGUAAAUGAAAAUCCAGGUCGCGUGUAACGGGAAAUACGGAGAUCAAGCAACGACUAAGGGUUCGCCGAGGAGAGUGCCGCUUGAAAACCGAAUUUGAAAUUUCUUUACCCAUUUGACAGCCCUUGACACAGCAGUUUUCCCUGUUUGGUGGAAAUAGCUGGUAACGGAAUAUAGUUAGAGAGCUACUCAUGAAGCCUAAAACGAAAAUUGAAAAAUUCGCCGGCGAGGUUCACGUUCUUACUGGAACUCGGUUGCUUUUAAGGUCGCAGUUUUUGUGCACUUUGUGCGGCUACGAAAUGUACAAAAAUGUAAAACGCACGUACAGCACCAUCGUACUGCUAAUUAAAACCUUUUUGGUUUUUGACGGUCGCUUUUCUCGCCAGUUUAAUGAGCCCUUCACGUGCGUUUUACUUUUUUUAUUAUUAUUAUUUCGUAGCCGUCCACAGCAAAACUACGACGCGUGGAAAAAAAACCCGAACGCUGCGUGAACCUGGAAGGCAAAUUUGUCAAUUUUCGUUUAAAGCUUUGAGAGUAGUUCUACCUAUUUGGUUACGAGCCAUUUCUUGCCAAAGAGAGCCAACUGAAUGCAUCCCAAGCACUGGUAAAUGGGUAAAGAAAUACUAAGCGCGGUUCAUCCGCAAGCUAGGUUUCCGUGGGCGUUCCCAUCGUCUAUGUGUAAGCUCCCAAAUGAAGCAGUCAUUUCACGACAUCCCAAUUUAACAUGUUCACGAAUCCAUUAUAUUAAAUUGUCAGUUGGCAUUUCGGGGAUGCUUGGCAUGCAAAAUCACGGCUCAGCACUCUUCACGAGUGAAAAAGGCGCGUUUCGGGCUCUUACUAAUAUUAAGUCUGACACAUUCUCAUCCUCAUCCCGAUCUGGAAAUACAAUGUUUGGGCAAAAAGCAAGUCAUAAGACUUUUGGAAAAGAGCAUUUGUAAGGAGAAACGACUUUUAAGUGCUGAAUGCCAAAAUUCAUGAUAUUACUUUUAAGUCACAAGUUUCAAUAAAGCUUUCACAGCUUGUCACAUC